AUGACGAACAACGAGGAGGCUGCAUCGAUGGAGGUUGAGCUGACUGAGGAGCAGAAGGUGGCCGAGGCCCAGCGCAUUCUACGUGAAGAUCUCGUGCGCAAUGUCAAAUUCCUGGAGCGGGGGGCCAGCGAGUCAGAGGUGCACUAUAUCCACCGUGCGAUGCGCACUACAUUUGCUCUCCGGAAGCGCCUGGAGCACCGGUCCUGGGCAAGCAGCGAUAGCCCGGCCGUGGCCAAGGCGCUCGAGAUUGCGGCAGCAGCCCUAGGCACCAGUGGCGGCAAGACUGAGGGCGAGGUGAAGGCGUGCGUGCCAGAGGUAGCCCUCUAUUUUGGACUGCUGGAAUAUGCAAAGGGGUCGGAGCUCUCGCAUGCGCUGAUUGGGGUUGUGAACAGUGUGCAGCGGCGGACCGUCGACCCGAUUGCGGGCCGCGUGUUCUUCUACUUUUCGCGAUUCUACGAGGUCGGCAACUCGCUGGCCAACGCGCGGCCGACCCUGCUGAGCGCGCUGCAGACAGCAACCCUGACGGGUAUGAAGGAGUCGCAGGCCACGCUGCUGACGCUGCUGCUGCGCAACUACAUCUACUACAGGCUAUAUGAGCAGGCUGAGCGGCUGGCGGCGAAGACGGCGUUCCCGACAGACGCGCCUAACAGUGUGCUGGCGCGGUACCUGUACUACAUGGGACGGAUCGAGGCCGUGCAGCUCAACUACACGGUGGCGCACACACACCUGCUAGAGGCGACGCGCAAAGCUGCAUCGAAUGCGGCGACGGCCGGGUUCCAGCAGACGGUGCACAAGCUGUACGUGAUUGUGGAGCUGCUGAUGGGCAACAUUCCGGAGCGCUCGCUGUUCCGGCAGGCGAUCCUGAAGAAGCCGCUGCAGCCGUACCUGGAGCUGACGCAGGCGGUGCGCAUCGGCGAUCUGGCGCAGUUCCAGAGCGUGGUGGGCCAGUACCGCGACAAGUUCCUGCAGGACCAGGUGCUGGUGCUGAUCCAGCGCCUGCGGCACAACGUGAUCAAGGCAGGUAUCCGCAGCAUCAGCGCUGCGUACUCGCGGAUCUCGCUGCGGGACAUCUGCUACAAGCUGCACCUGGACAGCGAGGAGGACGCCGAGUACAUUGUGGCCAAGGCAAUCCGCGACGGCGUCAUUGAUGCGACGAUUGACCAUGAGAGGGGCUUUGUCAAGAGCUCAGAGAUCCAGGAUGUGUACAGCACCAGCGACCCGCAGCAGGCGUUCGACAAGCGCAUUGCGUUCUGCCUGAACCUGCACAACGAGUCGGUGGUUGCCAUGCGCUAUCCGGGCAGGGAUCACCGCAAGGACAUUGCCGAUGUCAACGAUGCAGUCAGACGCGAGCGCGAGCUGGCACAGGAGCUGGCCAGCGAGGAGUUUGACGACGGAAUGGACGACGACGACAUGAUGGACGAUGGGCUCUAA